ACACGCGGAAGUACAACAACACGAGGACAUGAAUCACUUCCGAGGGCACAAGACUGCAGAUAACCGCAUUUACAGGCAGAUCAGUGAAGAUCUGAAGAUGAAAACCCUGAACCUGACGUUUAAAUGUGAGUUGCAGUCGGACGAUUGAUUGGAAGUAAUUUCUCGGCUCUCCGCUGAGGAAAACCCGCGGCUGUGACUGAGGCCUGGUGACUUCUGCGGUCAGAAGCUUCUCAUCAGUGAUCAUGGCUGAUGAUCCUCAGAGAAACUUCCGCUCGGCAUAUUAUGAGAAGGUGGGAUUCAGAGGAGUGGAGGAGAAGAAAUCUCUGGAGAUUGUGCUGAAGGACAAUCCACUGGAUGUGGAGAAGCUGAGCACAUUCAGUCAGAGGUUCCCACUGCCAUCCAUGUACCGGAUACACGUGUGGAAGGUCUUACUGGGUAUCCUGCCGCCCCACAGCGAUUCUCACGCCCUGGUGUCUCGGUGUCGCAUCCAGCAGUUUGAGGACAUCAGUGACGCUCUGACGGCCAUGCGGUUCGUCCAUGCGUCCACUCCACCGACGGAGCUUUACCUCCGCAUGUACCAGCUGGAGAACCAGCAGCUUCCCCGCAGGAGCGAGCUCAGACCGCCGGAUGAUGAGGAUAUGAUCUUUCUGGCUAUUGCCCGGGCGAUGGAGGAGAUCGUGGAUGACCCGGUGGACUGCUAUUGGCUGGUCAGAUGUUUCGUUAACCAGUUCCAGCACAAGUUUGGAGACUCCAUCCCUCACCUGCCGAAGAGUUUGGAGCACUUCCUGUCUCAGGAGGAUGGCGUUCUUCUGACUCAUCUGAAGGCGUGUGGCGCUCUAGACUCGCUGCCGUACCGUCUCUGGUUCAGACGCUGUUUUGCGGGAUGUUUACCAGAGUCCAGCCUGCAGAGGGUGUGGGAUAAAGUGAUCAGCGGCUCCUGUAAGAUUCUGGUGUUUGUUGCCGUGGAGAUUCUGCUCAGCUAUAAGAUCAUGCUGAUGGGAAUGAGUCACCCGGAAGCAGUUUACAACUUCCUGUCUCAUAUGCCACAGGAAAACACAGACGCCAUCGUCACUAAAGCCAUCGAUCUGUGGCACAAACACUGCGGGACGCCCAUGCACUCCGUGUGAGAGGACGAGACUGUGUCAGACUCAAAGAUGCGGAUGACAGGAACUCAAGCUCACAGAUGUGUGUGUAGUUUGUCAUUUAUUAGGUUCCUUUACAUCAGAAUCUGCAUACAUCAUUCAGGAGUGACAGUACGUUACACGACAUGCCCGUCCGCUCUCUUCCUGCGGUCUCUGAGCUAAUAGCAGCAGCGGAAGAGAGAAACGCUAACAGACUGUAAACAGAAAACACAUCCGUCAUUCAGAACAUGAGGACUUCUGCUCUUCUGUGACACCAGAGGGCGUGUGAUCACUCAAAGAAGCAGAUCGUCCACGAAAUGAGCCGAUUAUUCCAAGCCUGUUUGAUCUUUUUUCAUGGAAAAGUGCUUAAAAUUGUCAGAAAUUCCCUUUAUAUGAUCCACAGAACAAAAUAACGUAGGUUUCGGAAUAAAUGAGUGUGAAUAAAGACAGAAAUAUUUAUAUAUAUUUUUUUUUUUGGUUGAUUUUUUUCAUUUAAUGCCCAAUGCCCUGUCAGUGUGUUCAGUAUCAAAGUCAGUUAAAAAUAUUUAUAAAUAAUAUAUUAACAUAAAAAUGGUACAAUAGUAACGUUUACAAUAAGGUCUCAUAUUUCGUGAGCAAUAUAUUUAUUAAUCUUUCAAGUCAUAGUUAAUAAAAAUACUUUUGUUCAUGUUAGUUCACAAUGCAAUGACCGUUUACAAAUACAACUUUUAAUUUUAAAAACGUAUAACACUAAUUAACUAAUGAAACCUUAUUGUAAAGUGUUACUGUUACAAUUUUUGUGAACACUGUGACUAAAAUACUAAAAAAAAAAAGAAUGUAACACUGAUUAUUUUGAGUUUCUUGAAUGUUUUGGUUUUUAUUUUGGCAACACGACGCCCUGUAAAGUGGGCGGAGCUUAAAGGGCGCGCUCUACACUCAAUCACAUGACCGCCGAGCACCUUUGAGCGCAUUUUGAGACAGGAGAAAUAAAAGAGCAUGAAUAUACA